AGUUUGAAGGACAUACAUACAUAUCAAUCAGAGUGACAACCACUGAACUGAGAAGUAGGGUUUCUCCGUUUCCUUCCCAAUGUGCUUCUCUUUCAUUGCCGAGAGGGAAGACCUUUUGACGGAGGUUCUUCUCCGUUUGCCAGGGAAACCAUUAACCACCUUCAAAUGCGUUUCAAAGCAAUGGCAUGCACUCAUUUCUGACCCGCACUUCCUUCGUAGAUACCUCACCUCUAACCGUUUUCCCUCUUCCUUGUUGCUCACACCUUCUGAUAGUCCCUCCUCUCCCAUGCCCAUUUUCCCUCUCACAACUCCUUCUUCUCCUCCAACUCCAACUCUUAUCAACUUUGAUUUCCUCAAUGUUCCCCACUUACUCCUUAACGUUACUCAAUCAUGCAACGGCUUGCUACUUGUUGAAGGGACACUGGACGAAAACCAAUCACCCUCCACUCUCUUCGUGUGUAACCCAAUCACCAAGCGUUUUGCCACAAUCACAGGAGUACCGAAAAAGAGUAAUUUUUUUCUCGCUUAUGACCCUCUAAAGUCUCUGCAUUUCAAGCUUGUUUCUGUCCAAUCUGUAAAUCGUUUGGGUUGGAGUGAUGCAACAUUAGAUUGGGAUGACUAUUCUACACAUGCACAUAAGAUUGCUAUAUAUUCUUCUGAGACAGCGUGUUGGAGUGAUACUAGGGUUUGUUUCGUUGUCCCUUCAACUAUGAAGAUGCAUUUAGGUGUUUAUUGCAAUGGUUCUGUUCAUUGGUAUCUUAAAGCUAAGGAGUCCUUUUACUUUGAUGUGGAAAAUCAAUGCCUGAAAACGUACCCAAUGCCACCCAAUAUUGAGAACCAUGAGAAAAGUCAUUUCAGUGAGUCACGGGGGCGUUUGCAUAUGAUGCUCCUGUCUCCUCAACUAUUGUUUGAUAUUUACGAGUUGAAGGAAGAUUACUCUGCUUGGUCACUGAGGUUCCACAGGCUGGAUCUUAGUCGUGUGCAUGCCCCUUUACACGACUUGUAUGUUCUUAUUGGAAACACUUUGAUUCGAUUAUUUCAUAUGUUGUGUGUUGCUGGCCAAGAGAAGGAACAAGAUUUCAUGCUUAUGUUGAUCUUUCAUGAUGGAACCCUCUUCUCCUAUAAUGUUGUGGAUAACACCAUCACAGAGCUUAGUGAAUUUGAGUCUAUUAUUGAGUCGCGUGUUCCUUGGUUCGAAGGUUAUGCCUUUAGAUCAUUUGAAUUCAUUCAGAAUCUUUCUCCGGUUGGAGUUUCAACUGCUUGAGGAUACUAAGUGUCAGCAUCUUUUUGGAAGUGGAGAUAGAUGACGUUAUACUCUCGUUGCAGUGUCAGCAUUUUUUGGAAUUGGAGAUAGAUUACUCGUUGAAGUAUCUUACCAGGUUGUCAAAGCCCCAUGGAAUGAAGGAUUUUGGUUUCGGCCUUAUAUUUGCCACUAUCGGUGUUAUAUUCUGAACUUUUUUUAUCUGUCUCCUUGUAUAUCUUUUGAAGGUUAAGCUUUGGAUAUCAAGUGUUAAUCCAUGACUUGGAGUUUUUUGACUUUGCA